GCUAAUUGUGAACAACUGUGAUGCAAACUCUUUCAAAAACACGUGGUAUUUAUGUUGAUUGUCUCUCUGUCCUCCUUCCUCUCCCUCCCCUCCCCCCCCUCCGCCCCCUCCCCCCUCUCCCUCUGCUCCCUCUGCUCCCUCUGCUCCCUCUGCUCCCUCUGCUCCCUUCACUCGAUCCCCUCCCCUGUCCCCCUGCUGGCAUCAUCUUGUGUGUUGCUCAUCAGGAAAUGGAUGAAGAGAAGAGGAAGAGGGAUUCUGAAGAAAUGGGCGAUGCAAUGAAAGUGUUGGAGAACCGGACCAUUGAUUCAAAGCAGGAAAUGGAUAUAGUUGCUGCAUUGGACGAGAUGAAAUCCAUGAGGGAACGGGAAAUCGCCAAGAUCGAUGAUGAACUUGUGCGGCAAGCCUUCUCCAAGAAGCCGAGCGACCCGGCGCUUCGGAUAAUUCUGGACGAAGAUGAAGACGGUGAUGCCGGCGACGAGGAACUCCUGAAGCGUGGUGGCUCUUACGACUCUGCGGCAAGCCAAUCUAAGAGAUCAAAGGCGCUGACAGGCUCUGACCCUUCGUCUGGGUCCUUCGCUCGACCCACAGAUAUGCUGCUUUCUGGUAGCUCAGCAUCAAUAGCAGGGAGUUUGCAUGGUGGCCCUCCUUGGCAGCUAUCAAUUGGAGGACCGAAGCUUUCCCCAGCGCCAUUUCUAAUCAAGCCAAAACAGCCAACAAAGACAGCUGCUUCCACUGACAAUGGGGAGCGAGGAGGUCGGGAGGAUGGGCAUGUGGGAAGUCCAGCGAAAGGGGAGCGAGAUGGUGGCAAGAGUGUCCCAAGACUGGGAAAGCCUGCAGAAAUCCAACUGGGCAGCAGUGGAAACGAUGUGGUAAUGUCAACUACCGUGUCGCAUGCGCUUGACCCUAAAGAUAGCGGAGUAAGCGGUGCAGGGUUGGCAUCGUUGAUGGCGUCUUAUCAAGGAGGUAGUGACAGUGAGGAUGAGCUAGAUGACGAGCAAUGACGUUUGCAGGGGCAGGGACUGUGUGUGUGUGUGUGUGUGUGUGUGUGUGUGUGUGUGUGUGUGUGUGUGUGUGUGUGUGUGUGUCUCCCCCUUGUUGCGUCAACGAUGAAAGGUAGGUGUACAUAGUAGAGCUCGGACGGGCUAGCUUGAAGGUAGACCCUCAGUGUGUGUGUGUGUGUGUGUGUGUGUGUGUGUGUGUGUGUGUGUGUGUGUGUGUGUGUGUGUUCCCUUGUUGCUUUAAAGAUGAAGGGUAGAUAUACAUGGGUAGAACGUGGACGGGCUAGCUUGAAGGUAGCCCCUCAGUUUUGUUUUCACAUUUGUGUUCUGUCUACCCAACCUCCCCUCCUUCGUUCUUGUUUCCUUGUUCCUCCCUUUCGUUCCCCUUUGCUUUUUUGUUGUUUGCCUUCUCCAUACAUGUUUCUUAGUUCAAAAUAAAUGAAUAUGGGUAGGCUGCAGUGAAUCACUCGGGUGUUCUGUUUUGCGUAAAAUUGCACAACAGGCUGACAACCAGACACAGUACCAUUUUGAAAUUAUGGUCGCCAACCGUGAUUCGUUUUUCAUUUUGCUGUGCUCGAUUCAUUUUCAUUUCGCAGUGCUCGAUUCGUUUCCAUUUCGCUGCGCUCGAUUUGUUUGCAUUUCGCUGCGCCGUUCUCCAUCUCCUGUUCAUUGCUCCCCCGGCAAAUGCACCAGCGCCAUGUUAGCCCUUGACGGUGGCAUGUACGCCUUUUAAGGAGGUUCUUGAGAGCUCUGCAGCUUGAUAAUAUGUAAAGCCUGGGCCUACUAUUGGAAAUGAAAUCUGCCUUUGCUA